AUGUUUUUUCUUAUUUUGCCUGUCAAUACUUUGAGGAGGACUAAGCACAUUGGGAACGAAUAUCCUAAGUUGACAUUUCCAUGCCUGCUGUAUUUUAAUAGCUAUUUCAGUUGCUUCACUCUAAAGGAUCUGUUGAAGUCAAUUCUGCAAUUGCAAAGUGCUUUGUUAUCUGAUGGAAUCAAUUCAGUGCUCUAUGUUGAGUUCAAGGAACAUUUCAUUCAUGUUCCUAUACAUGCCCCAGGGGUGGGUGAGCAGGAGGAGCCAGUAAUUGAGGAUGAUGAUGAUGAAGAUGAAGAAGAGGAUGAAGAGGAUGAUCAUGAAGAAGGUGCUGAAGGAGAAGGAGAUGCUAGUGGUAGGUCAAAGCAGAGCCGGAGUGAGAAAAAGAGUCGCAAGGCUAUGCUGAAACUAGGAAUGAAGCCCAUCCCUGGGGUCAGCCGUGUUACUGUUAAGAAGAGCAAGAACAUCCUGUUUGUCAUCUCAAAGCCAGAUGUUUUCAAGAGCCCCAAUUCAGACACAUACAUCAUCUUUGGCGAGGCAAAGAUUGAGGACUUGAGUUCACAGUUGCAGACUCAAGCUGCCGAGCAGUUCAAGGCUCCUAAUAUCAGCAAUAUAGCUCCAAAACCCGAACCCGUGACAGUUGCUCAGGAUGAUGAAGAUGUCGACGAGACUGGUGUUGAGCCAAAGGAUAUAGAGCUGGUGAUGACUCAAGCUGGGGUUUCAAGAGCUCGGGCAGUCAAAGCUCUCAAGGAGUCUGAUGGAGACAUCGUUUCUGCUAUCAUGGAGCUCACAAACUAG